AUGGAUCCUCAGCGCGAGUCCUUUCUUGCCCCUACAUGGACAAAGCAGGCAGGGGCUCAGGGGGCUUUUGAGCGGCAGGGCAAGAACAUCUUUCAUCACCAUCUAAUCAUAACACUAAUAGCUUUAAAAUGGGUGAUAUCAAAGAGAACUUUAUUGAAACAUUUAUUUCCAGGUCAAAAUGGAGCUUUAUCUGGUAUUUGUCAUAAAUCUACAUUUUCUUCUCUUCCAGACUCUAAUUGCAAAAUAGAGCUCGCUUUGACAUCUGAUGGCAGAACAAUAGUAUGCUACCACCCUUCUGUGGAUAUCCCAUAUGAACACACACAGCCUAUCCCUCUACCAGAUCCUGUGCACAAUGAUGGAGAAACACAUGAUCAAGUGCUGAAAACCACAUUAGAAGAAAAAGCUGAACACCUUGAGCAAGGAUUCAUGAUAGAAAAACUUAGAAAAAUGUUCUUUAUUACUAAGCAUCGUUGGUAUCCUCAGGGACAGUCUUACAGAUAUUAUAAAAAUCUGAAUUCUCCAAAAGACAGAUGA